AUGUCCAGCCCGUACCCUCAGGCCAGUACCUCGCACCAGGAGACGUCUCUGACCAUCGUUCCAGCCGUAGCGAAACUUCUCAACUGGAGCGCCGGUAUUGACAAGAGUAUCAUUGAUAUCAGACAGAAGCUGGAGUUUCUUCUUCUCGAGACCAGAGCCUUCCGAGGAAUGGAGGCGCACUACAAGAAGCUACAGGAGCAGACGCCCUUGGGCACGAGCCUGUCCAAUUCGUGCCAGCGUCUUGACAUUCACCAGCACAAUGUCUUGGAGACCGCGCAGAAGUUUGAAAAGACUAUGAAGCAGGUGGCGCGCCUGACUGUCGACAUCGAUAGGCUGAAGGAGGGCAACGAAAUCACUGUAUCGAUCAAUUCCGGGCGAAAGUGA